AUGGGAGAUGGCAAAGAUGAAGCGUAUUCAUCAAGUUCUACUUGGGAAUCGUUACGUCUUAAACAAGAUCAAGUUCCAUGGGUUGAGAUGGUGUGGUUCCCUCAUUGCAUUCCUAGGCAUUCUUUUCAUGUAUGGCUUAUAAUGAAAAAGAAACUGAAGACGCAAGAUAAGAUGCAACAAUGGGACACCAGCGGUUCAACGAACUUUAAUUUGAUGUGCUGCUCACUUUGCAAGCAUGGCCCGGACUCUCAUGAACACUUAUUUUUUGAAUGUGAUUAUGCUAUGCAAGUUUGGAAUCUAGUUAAACCCCUGGCGGCGAUGGAACGUGUUUCCAACAGGUGGGACGACAUAAAGAGGUACUUAUUGUUUCUUACAAACAAGAAAAGUGCAAAAUAUGUCAUUGGAAAGUUGCUGGUGGCUGCCACAGCUUAUUUUAUUUGGCAAGAGCGCAAUAAUAGACUUUUCUCUCCUGUUAGGAGACCUGCUACCCAGCUUCGAGAUAUUAUUGUUUCCACGGUUCGACUUAAACUUGUGACUAUGAAGUUCAGACGGAAGACUAGUGGAAUGAGCAUCCUGGAAGACUGGAAGAUACCGAAGUCUUAG